GAAACAGAUUUCUGUGAAAGAAAUGAGGAUGAAGGCAAUGAUUCCAUCGAAGUAUACGAUGAAUCGCAAGGAAUUGAUGACGACAGCGGUGAUUGCGAGAUUGUCAAUGAUGAGGAAAUCAUGGAAACAAGUGGUUAUCGCUACUUUGUACCAUCGGACAAAGUUACCAAAACAUUGGAUAUGCUUGCUGAUGCCGAAUGCCAUUCAAAUUUUGAUGCUUUGAUUCGGCUAGUGGUUCCCUCGACAAGAGAUGCAACUCGUGCCGCUGUGCUCGCAUUUUUUGCGCUGUCAACGACGCUUUUGUUCUUGACGAACCCAAAUCAACCUGAGAUGGAUGUGGAUCGCUCAAAUGAGGUUUUUGCUCCCGGCCUGCAGAGCCGGGAGGACUUUGGACGAGCUGACACUCCACUCAUGCGUCGACGUCGUUAUAAUUUCACUGAAAAAUUUUUAUGUAAAGGCUGGCAGGUGCCUGCCUUGUCUACAACGCCACCAUCAUGGCUCAAGAUGGAUCCUAUUGGGCUCCCUCCGCUUUUUCCUCCCACUAAUGCCAACUUGACGCCUGCAGUUGAGGUAAAAUCAUGUUGA